AUGAAGACGGAUCCCUACCAACUCACCAACCUCCUCUCCACACCCAACAUCUCCACGCCCAACACCACCACAUCCUCCUCCUCCUCCUCCACCAUAACCUCCUACCCCAUCCUCCCCCUAAUCACCCGCCUCGACGCCCUUCUCCUCACACUCAAGCGCUGCAAAGGCCGCGUGUGCACGCGGCCAUGGGAGAAAUUGCAUCCCGAGGGCAAUGUACGCAAUCUGAAAGAUGCUAUGCAUGAAAAGUACGAUGUAUUUUACUUGGAGAAGCAGAAAAAGGUUAGCUUUGACGAGUGUACGUUGGGUCAGAUUUUGGAGGUCGAGGGGCCGCUGGAGCCGGUGAGUUGGAGGGAGGAGUGGGAUGAGUGGAGUUGGGUGACUUGA